UGGACGACUGUGUUUUGUUUUGGAUGGACUUUUCAUUAAGUCACACGCAAUAACAUUUCUAUUAUUCGCAUUAUCCAGCUAACAGUCGAAUGGAAUUUGAAUAGUAUAUCCGUUAAUAAGGUGUAUUUGUAUACGCUUUAUUUUAUCGAACCAGUUAUGUCUAAAGUUAGUCACUGAUGAUCUAGACGAAACAGCUGAUAUCAUUGUAUUGUGAGUAUUGCUGCAUCAAACUAAUCUUUUCAUGUGAUCACUGAUGACAACAUAGCAAUGUAGAAAUACAACAGAACGGUCCACUGUAACAUCAACCAUUACAAUGUCAUCAAAGGGAAUCUUCUCCAUUAGCUUCAAUCAAGACCACGGAUGUUUUGUCUGUGCAACAGAUUCAGGUCUUCGUAUUUACAAUGUUGAGCCUUUGACACAGAAGCUUUUUCUCAAUCAUGACACUGUGGGAAGCCUGGCCUGUGCCGAGAUGUUGUUCCGUACCAACCUAUUAGCUGUUGUUGGAGGUGGCAGCUUUCCACGCUUUGAUGAAAAAGCAGUGCUUAUUUGGGAUGACUCUCAGAAAGAACUUGCCAAGAAGGUCGUCAUGGAAAUUACUUUUGCCCAACCUGUAGUGGCUGUUAAAAUGAAAAGAGAAAGGUUGAUUGUUGUGUUAAGAAACCAGGUCCAUGUGUUCAGUUUUCCAAAUAAACCUCAGAAGCUGUUUACAUUCGGCACUAGGGAUAAUCCCAAAGGUCUGUGUGAGGUCAGUGGGUUUGGACAGACACUGGUGUUUCCUGGACACAAGUGUGGAAGUGUUCAAAUUGUGGACCUAGAGACAACCCAGCCUGGCCAGUCCUCCUCACCUAUAACCAUCAAUGCCCACCAGAAUGACCUUGCUUGUCUCGCACUCAAUCAGAAUGGUACACUCAUGGCGACGGCCUCCAAAAAGGGAACACUGAUACGAGUGUUUGAUCUCGUGACCAAAAAACAGGUGGUGGAGCUGAGAAGAGGAGCGGAUACUGCCAUGUUAUACUGCAUCUCCUUCAGCCAUGAUUCAGCUUUUCUUUGUGCAUCAAGUGACAAAGGGACUGUCCAUAUUUUUGCUGUCAAAGAAACUCACCUGAAUAAAAGAUCCUCUUUCAAACAAAUGGGGUUUCUUGGGACUUAUGUGGAGUCCCAAUGGGGCCUGGCUAGUUUCACUGUGGCUGCCGAGUGUGCCUGUGCCUGUGCUUUUGGACCUGGACAUUCAGUCAUAGCCGUAUGUGUGGAUGGCACUUUCCAUAAAUAUGUAUUCACCACUGAUGGCAACUGUAACAGGGAGGCAUACGAUGUUUACCUGGACAUAGGGGACGACAUGGAAUAGAACAGACACGUGGACACAGGGAAUGCCAUUCAUCUUAUUGUAAACAUUCACAGCUGUAACAGGGAGGCAUACGAUGUUUGCAGAGGCAUAGGGGACGACAUGGAAUAAAACAGACAAUGGGGAAUGUCAUUCAUCAUAUUGUAAACACUCACAGCUGUAACAGGGAGGCAUACAAUGUUUACCUAGACAUAGGGGACGACAUGGAAUAGAACAGACACGUGGACACAGGGAAUGUCAUUCAUCUUAUUGUAAACACUCACAGCUGUAACAGGGAGGCAUAUGAUGUUUACCUAGACAUAGGGGACGACAUGGAAUAGAACAGACACAUGGACACAGGGAAUGUCAUUCAUCUUAUUGUAAACACUCACAGCUGUAACAGGGAGGCAUACGAUGUUUGCAGAGGCAUAGGGGACGAUAUGGAAUAAAACAGACAAUGGGGAAUGUCAUUCGUCAUAUUAUAAACACCACAGCUGUAACAAGGAGGUUUACAAUGUUUAUCUAGACAUAGGAGACGACAUGGAAUAGAACAGACACGAGGACACAGGGAAUGGCAUUCAUCAUAUUGUAAACACUCACAGCUGUAACAGGCUAGGGAUACUUAAAAUGUAUACCUAGGCAUAUAUUAGGGGACGACAUGGAAUAAAACAGACAAUGGGGAAUGUCAUUCAUCAUAUUGUAAACACUCACAGCUGUAACAGGCUAGGGAUACUUAAAAUGUAUACCUAGGCAUAGGGGAAGACAUUGAAUAAAACAGACAAUUGGACAAGGGGAAUGUCAUUUGUCAUGCUGAACACACAAGGAAUUAAUAUGGAGUUAAAUAUACUGGUAUUAGCACACACUAUCUGAACAAGGAAUGAUGAAUAUUAGGAUGUUGGUGAAUUUGUGAUGAAUAACUUUUUAUGGAUUUUUUUUAAUUAUUGUGUUGUUAAAAAGAUAAUGAAAAAUAAAAGUUGUUUGUUAUGGGGUACAUAUAAUGCAUGUAUAACAUUUCAUUAACAUUAUCAUAACAAAAAAUGUUUGAUGUAUACUUUUAUUGCAUCCUCUUGUGACCCUGGUCUGGGCUUGUUUAAUCAUGGUACGCUUGUACCAAACGUGAAACUAUAGACUUCAGCCUCACGCAGUUUCAUCAAUGUUUCUAAACGACAAAAAAAUCCUUAAUAGCUUAAUUUUUUUCCACAGGAAAUCAUGUUUAGGAUCUAAGGAAAAAAGUAGUGAAGGAACUUUUCUUAAAUUCUUUUGUUACUGAAUUUUCGUAUACAAUGUAUUAAGAAAAAAUAAUGAAACUGUGCCAGCUGGUUUAUAAGUUAGGAUCUCACCAAUGGCAUAUGAAUUGAAAUUAAACCAUAGUUCCUGGCUCAGGUCUGAAUUGGUGUGUUAGUAAAUUCCAGUUCUGGUCCAGGUCUGUGUGAUAGUAACCUGCGGUCCUGACCUAGGUCUGUGUCAGUGUGAUAGUAACUGUCAGUCCUGGUCCAGGUCUGUGUCUGUGUGAUAGUAACCUGCGGUCCUGACCCAGGUCUGUGUCAAUGUGAUAGUAACUGUCAGUCCUGGUCCAGGUCUGUGUGAUAGUAACUGUCAGUCCUGGUCCAGGUCUGUGUCAGUGUGAUAGUAGCCUCCAGUCCUGGUCCAGGUCUGUGUCAGUGUGAUAGUAACCUCCAGUCCUGGUCCAGGUCUGUGUCAGUGUGAUAGUAACCUCCAGUCCUGGUCCAGGUCUGUGUCAGUGUGAUAGUAACCUCCAGUCCUGGUCCAGGUCUGUGUCAGUGUGAUAGUAACUGUCAGUCCUGGUCCAGGUCUGUGUGUGUGAUAGUAACUGUCAGUCCUGGUCCAGGUCUGUGUCAGUAUGUGAUAGUAACCUCCAGUCCUGGUCCAGGUCUGUGUGUGUGUGUGAUAUUAACUGUCAGUCCUGGUCCAGGUCUGUGUCAGUGUGAUAGUAACUGUCAGUCCUGGUCCAGGUCUCUGUGAUAGUAACCUCCAGUCCUGGUCCAGGUCUGUGUCUGUGUGAUAGUAACCUCCAGUCCUGGUCCAGGUCUGUGUCUUUGUGAUAGUAACCUCCAGUCCUGGUCCAGGUCUGUGUGUGUGUGUGAUAGUAACUGUCAGUCCUGGUCCAGGUCUGUGUCAGUGUGAUAGUAACUGUCAGUCCUGGUCCAGGUCUGUGUGAUAGUAACCUCCAGUCCUGGUCCAGGUCUGUGUCUGUGUGAUAGUAACCCCCAGUCCUGGUCCAGGUCUGUGUCUGUGUGAUAGUAACCUCCAGUCCUGGUCCAGGUCAGUAUGUGAUAGUAACUGUCAGUCCUGGUCCAGGUCUGUGUCAGUGUGAUAGUAACCUCCAGUCCUGGUCCAGGUCUGUGUCUGUCUGAUAGUAAACCUUCAGUCCUGGUCCAGGUCUGUGUCUGUCUGAUAGUAAACCUUCAGUCCUGGUCCAGGUCUGUGUGAUAGUAACCUUCAGUCCUGGUCCAGGUCUGUGUGAUAGUAACCUUCAGUCCUGGUCCAGGCCUGUGUCAGUGUGAUAGUAAACCUUCAGUCCUGGUCCAGGUCUGUGUGAUAGUAACCUUCAGUCCUGGUCCAGGUCUGUGUCAAUGUGUUAGUUACCUUCAGUCCUGGUCCAGGUCUGUGUUAUCGGGAGAGUAAGCCUUAAGACCUGGUCCAAGUCCGAGUCAGUGUGAUAGUAAACUUUUAGCCUUGACCUAAGAGGGUUUCUUAAUCAUUGUGAGAUUCAGCCUUUAAUGCGGACUGUUCCUUAACCUAUCUAUAGAAUUUUGAUACACAUGUACAAUGUAGAUGCUUCAACAUACUGUGAACUCUGCUUAAAGCAGUAUUUUGUAUUUAAAUCAUUACUGCUAAAUGUGUAUAACCCUGGUAAAUAUAAGCCACAAUGUACUGCUCAGCUAGAGAACUUCUUUAACUCGAUCGGUUGAGUGUUAGACUAGUAAGCCAGAGAUCCUGAUUCUAUCCCUAGUGGAGGCAGUGAUUUAAAUUCAAUUAUUCACCAUAACAUAUGCAUUGUCAGUAUUGAAUAAAUUAUUUUAUCAAUCUAA